AUGGAUAAAAACAGGAAUGAUUUUUCACCGGGAGCACGGCGAGCUUUGGGUAAGUCUACAUUGGGAACACAAAUGUCUUCCGAUUCUGGAAAUCCAGAAACCGUUGCUUCGGAAAUAUUGAAUUCCUCGGCCAACUCGAGAUUAGUAAUAUUUUAUCUUAUUAUUUGGUAUAGGCGAUAUCGGUCAGCAUUUGUUAACUUCCUCCAAACUUUCUUUCAACGUUAUCUUUCAAACCGUCCCCCCGUGCUCUUCGCGGAUUCCGACGUGCCCGGAGUGUUGCCGGCCAUGACGCUGAGCGAAAAAUCGGAAAUCAGAAAAAUUAUUAUUGGCCGUAAUAAGGUGCUCCGGUGA